AAGAAAAUACAACAAGUAAUAUGUGUGUAUAUAAAUAUGAAACCGAUGCAGGGCAAUGAUGAAUCUUGAUUUGAUCUUCUUCUCGAAAACCUCAUAGCUUCUGCUUCUGCUUCCGCUUCUUCUCUUCCAUUUCCAUAUUUACACUUCAUAAUAUCUCUUCACCCUCUUCUUCAUCAUUUAUAACAAACCCAUUUAUAUACAUAGUUUACAUUUUUAUAUAUUUGGACUCGCUAUUGUAACUUUUUUAGUAUCUCUAUUUCAUUUUCUUGUAUGGUCCUCCUGUCAUCUUAACCCUAUAAAAUACUGUCCUCUUUCAGUUUCAGAUUUCUUUAUUUUCUCGUUCAUUGGACACUGAAUGUGAUACAAGAAAAAAGGUUUAAAAGUUAGAUCGAUGGAGGUUGUUCUUGCAUCCAACAAGAGAAUUCUGUUUCUAAUCUUUCUGGUUUCUGUGGUUCUCUUUCGGAGUCAGAAGUUUACACAUGUCUCAGCCGUUAACUACACCAAAACACAUAGACAAGUCAGUAGCCUGAGAGCUGAGAGGAUCCAAAACCACUUGAACAAGAUCAACAAGCCUCCUGUCUUCACCAUCCAGAGUCCAGAUGGUGAUGUAAUAGAUUGUAUACCAAAAAGAAAGCAGCCAGCUUUGGAUCAUCCACUCUUAAAGCAUCACAAGAUUCAGAAAGCACCGACGAGAAUGCCGAAGAUAAUGGGAAAAGAGAGAAGCGUUGAUGUUAUUAAAGAAGCAGCCAGUGUAUUGGAAAGUGCAUGGCAAAUGUGGCACGUGAACGGCACGAGGUGCCCAAAAGGAACUGUUCCCAUACGACGCAACACAAUGGACGAUGUGCUCAGAGCCAAGUCUUUGUUUGACUUUGGCAAAAAGCGACGUAGUAUUGACCUUGAUCGACGGACGGAAAAGCCUGAUGCCCUUGGCACUAGUGGACACGAGCACGCGAUCGCGUAUACGGAAACGUCUUCGGAGAUAUACGGAGCAAAAGCUACGAUAAACGUGUGGGACCCGAAGAUUGAAGAAGUGAAUGAGUUUAGUCUCUCGCAGAUUUGGAUUCUCUCGGGAUCUUUCGUCGGUCCUGAUCUCAAUAGCAUCGAAGCUGGCUGGCAGGUCAGUCCGGAGCUGUAUGGUGACAACAGACCAAGAUUAUUCACUUAUUGGACGAGUGAUUCAUAUCAAGCAACAGGAUGUUACAAUCUUCUAUGUUCUGGAUUUAUCCAAACAAAUAACAAGAUUGCCAUUGGAGCAGCCAUUUCUCCUCUCUCCACUUUCAAAGGAAACCAAUUUGAUAUCACCAUUCUCAUUUGGAAGGAUCCCAAAAUGGGGAAUUGGUGGAUGGGUUUAGGAGACAACACACUAGUCGGGUAUUGGCCAGCAGAGCUAUUCACCCACUUAGCCGACCAUGCAACCACCGUGGAAUGGGGAGGUGAGGUCGUGAACACACGUGCUUCAGGCCGGCACACGACGACCCAAAUGGGUUCUGGUCAUUUCCCUGACGAAGGGUUUGGAAAAGCAAGUUACUUCCGGAACUUGGAGAUUGUUGAUUCAGACAACAGUCUCGUACCGGUGCAUGAUGUCAAGAUAUUAGCCGAGAACACCGAAUGUUACGACAUCAAGAGUUCGUAUAGUAAUGAGUGGGGAACUUAUUUUUACUAUGGUGGUCCCGGGUUUAAUCCUAGGUGUAACUGAAAAAAGUGUACAUAGUCUGGGUUGGAGAGUUGGUUACAAAAAGGGAUCGAAUGUGUAUUUUUUAAAGUAUGGGUAGUGAAGAUUGAAUAUUGGCUUAUUGUUUUUCA